AUGACAAAACAAACUGAACGUAAAGAAAUAAAUUUAAUGAAUUUAGAAUUAUUUCCAAAUGAAAUUUUAUUUGAUUUAUUUGUCUAUUUCGAUGGUGUUGAUCUUUUUCAUACAUUUUAUAAUCUUAAUUCUCGUUUUAAUUUUCUUCUUUAUCAACAAUAUCGAUUCUAUUCUUUCAAUUUUAAUUUUAUAUCCAAACGUAAUUUUGAUCUGAUAUGUAAACAACAUUUAUCAUUUGUAACUAAUCAAAUUCUUGCUCUUCGUAUUUCUGAUAAUGCAAAUUUUCCUAGACAAGUGAAUUUAUUUAUUUCUUACAUGUCAUCCUUUAGUCAAUUCACUCAUUUACAAUCACUUUCAUUAUCUUAUCUUCAUUCAUAUAAUAUAUUAAUGAAAAUUAUCGAUGAAUGUCAUCAGCUUGGUCAUCUCACUCAUUUAUAUAUGAAAUCCUGUUAUUUUCCAAAAGAUCAAGGUGAUUUUCUCUUAAUAAUCAAUAAAGUUUGGAGUUUACUAAAACUUACUCAUUGUUAUUUUCAAAUUAACAUUGAAGAACAAGAGUUUUUUCGUAUACCAACAACAAUCUCCUCAUCUCUUCAAUGUUUGUCUGUAUGUGGAAGUGUAUUGAAAUCAUAUCAGAUUAAUGCAUUGAUUGACCAUACCAUUCAUCUUCGAUAUCUUUCAAUACCUAUUGAGUUUGAUAUUUACGAAGGUUAUAAAUCAUCUUCAUUUCUCAUCCCAACCAAUUUGAAUAUUACAAUAACUUAUUUAUAUAAUUUUGAAAAAUUAAUUUCCUUUUUUCGUCAUACAUCGAAUUUAUGUCGAUUACGUAUCACGUUAUCAUUUAAUAUAAUUGAUGGUCAUCAAUGGGAACAUAUCAUUCGUAAUUACUUACCAAAACUUCGAGUAUUUCGAUUUAAUAUGAGUAAGAGAUUACGUUACGAUGAUAAUAUAAAGAAACAAGUCGAUGAAUUAAUUGAUUCAUUCAGUAGUUCAUUUUGGAUUAAUGAUCAUCAAUGGUUUGUUCGAUGUUUUACACAGAAGAACACCGUUCAUCUCUCUACGUUAUCUACGACAUUUAACUAUUAUAAAGACGAACUUCUUGAUAUAUGGAAAUCAACUUAUCCAAACGAUGUCGAACAAGAGUUUUAUGAUAAUCUAACUACUAUCAAUAAGGAAUUCUUUUUUAAUCAAUUGAUUCCAUCUCAUAUUCGUUUGCCUAAUCUUCGCAAUCUUUGGAUCGAAUUUCCUAUUAAUGAUCGGUUUUGGUCUAUUGUUCCAAACUUAAAUCAUUUGUAUUCACUUACAAUUUUCUCUUAUAUUAAUAGUUUUCAAUUUCAAUUGCAAAAUUUUCUCGAUCAAAUACCUCAUCUUAAUAGAUUGGCUAUUGGUCCAGAUAACUCAUUACCUUUGCAAAUAUCAUUAUUCAAAUGUACAAAUGUAUCAAUUCGUCAACUUGAUUUACAGAAUUAUGUUUAUGGAUUCAAUGAAGAAGAAUGUAUUAUAUUGUGUCAAUCAUCAUUAGGUAUUCAAUGUCAAGUACUUUUUAUUCAAGUCAGAAAUCCUCAAAGUAUUAUUUAUCUUAUUAAAAACAUGGUCAAUCUUCAACAAUUACAUGUUCAAUGUAAAUUUGAGAAGAACUGUGAACAUUUACCAAAAAUAGCAAAUGGUGAACUUAUUCAAUGGUUAAAAGAACAGUUACCUUCAACAUAUUCAAUUGUAACACAUCCAUCUCUUGCUAAUCGUUUUCAAAUAUUCAUUUAUUAA